CAGUCCUUCGCGGGUCGCCGUAUCAAAACAAACAACAUUCCGACGCGAGAAAUCCAGAGCUGGGGAGAGAGAAAAUUCUUUGAAAGGCUCCUGUUUUUUGUGCGUAUAAGUCACACGGUCCAAACUUUUUUUAUCAGUGAGGGAGUUUGACGUCGAAUAGAGUGAAGUAUUGUUAGAGUCCCCCGUUGAUGCUACACAACCAUGGCUGACGACACAGUAAUAAAGGGUAAGAUCCACUACUAUGGGCGGGAGCAGUACUACCAGGCCAUGCAGGAUACGUGUCUGGCAGCCACCAAGAAGUUUGGGAACGAUCCUGUGUACCGUUUCUACUCGGCACUCUCACAGCUGCUCCAGGGUCGCACCCAAGAGGCGAUCAGACAACUACAGUCUCUCCAGCAUGACCGAGAGGUGAUGCUGGGCACACUGCUGGCCCUCAUCCAUGCCCACCGCCGCUGCCAGGUGGUGGACCGAGAGGCUGUGGCCCUAUUAGAUUCCAAGCUCAAGGAGGAGAGGAAGAGAGCCUCAGAAGGGCCGCUGUACUAUGCCGGGAUGUUCCUCUUCCUCUCUGGGCGGCUGGACAAGGCGCGGGAGUACGUGGACCGCAUGCUGAAACUCAACCAGGAGCACGAGGAAGGUCUGGUGCUCAAGGCCUGGGUGGAGCUGGCCACUGGGAAGGAGAGUCGAGUGCGCAACCUCAUGGAGUACCUCGAUCCUGUCCUGCAGAAAUCAUCUCGCCACAUGGAUGCUCUCUUUGCAAAGGCCAAAUUUUAUGAGAACCGAAGCAACUACAAGGAGUCAACAGAAACCCUGAACCUGCUGGUGGUGGCUUACCCAGGGUUCACAGGGCCGCUUGUGGAAAAGGCAAAGGUGAAUCUCUCUGAGCAGGACUGGGAUCAGUGCCUUGAGUCAGCCAACAGGGUUCUGAGCACCGACUCCCACAACAUUGAAGCCAUGAAGUACCGCACAUUGUAUGCACUGUGUCGCAAGGGAAACUAUGACGAGGCUGCACAAAACCUUCGCACGCUGUACACCGAGAUGGACAGGAGUGAGCCCAACAAUGCAGCGCUCUUCAUCCACAUGGCUCAACUCUUCUCACGUCUGUGUGGGAGGAACAACCUUGUGUUGGAGGAGACAUUCAUGAUGGCGAGCAAGGCAGCCAAGGUGGACUCAGGCAGUGCUGAGUACCUGACGGAGGUGGGCUACCAGUGCCUCCUGCAGGGACGCAACAAGGAGGCCACAAGGUACUACAAGAACGCCACCAAGCUGGACGAAUCUUCAGUUGCAGCCCUGACCGGCAUCAUAUCUUGUCAGCUGCUUGAUGGGCAAGUGGAUGUAGCCGAGCAACAACUUGAGUUCCUGAAAGAGGUUCAGAGAAGUCUCGGGGGUUCGCCUGACAUCCUGUACUUGUCGGCUGUGUUGGGGAGGAUGAAGCACCAGCCAUCUGAUGUCAUUUUGGCACUGCUUCAAGAGGCCAUCGACAACCAUUUCAAGAGCCACCGAGGGAUGUCAUUUGGCUCCACCUACCUGGCCGCCCUCAACCCAGACUUCCUCCUCCUCAUCGUUAACGAGUGCCUCAUCUACGCUCCCAACCAGCCCAGCCCCACAGAGGGUGUAGGACAGAACAUACCGCCAGUAGUGACGCAGGCCCUAUUAGUGCUAGAGACCAUUACACGUGCCUGCCCUGCCCUCCUGACUGCCCUCAUCCUCUCGGCUCGCCUCAAGUUCAUCACUGGGGAUGUUAAAGGAGCAGCUGCCUCUCUCCAACAUGUCCUGGAAACGAUAGACUCCACCAGCUCCGAGGCUCACCUUUUGAUGGCUCAGAUACAACUUUACCAAGGGAAUUUCAAACAGGCACAACAGAGUCUGGAAGUGGGGCUGUCUUAUAACUUUGAGGUGAGGGAGCAGCCGACCUACCACCUGGUGCGGGCGCGGGUCCUGAAGAAGCAGGGCCAGUACCAGGAGGCCAUCAACACCCUCAAGAACUGCCUCAACAUCACCAACACUCGCCCCACCACCACCAAGGGCAGCCGCAACAAGCCCGACAUGACCGUGCCUGACCGAGCCGCGGUGUUCCUGGAGCUGUGCGAGGUGUACCGACUCAACAACCAACCCAACGAGGCAGCGCAGGUCAUGACUCAGGCCAUGACCGAGUUCCAGGGCACAGGUGAGGAGAUCAGACUUAACAUUGCCAGUGCUGACCUUGCCCUGAUGCGUGGGGAUGUGGACCAAGCGCUGUCCCUUCUGCGUGCCAUCGGACCAGAGCAGCAAUACUACCUCCAGGCCAGGGACAAAAUGGCUUCGAUCUACCUCAACCACCUAAAGGACAAGCGCAUGUUUGCCUCGUGUUAUAGAGAGGUGAUAGAGAAGAACCCAACCCCCCAGAGCUACCUCAUGCUGGGGGACGCCUACAUGUCCAUCCAGGAGCCUGACAGAGCUAUUGAGGUUUACGAGCAGGCCCUGAAGCGCAACCCACGUGAUUCAUUGCUGGCCUGUCGCAUGGGGGUGGCGCUGGUCAAGACUCAUCAGUACGGAAAGGCCAUCAACUACUACAAGGAAGCCAUCAAGACAGGCAGCAGCAACCAGCUCAGGUAUGACUUGGCGGAGCUGCAGAUGCGACUGAAGCAAUAUGACAAGGCAGAGAAAGCCAUCACUCAGGCUCUGGAGGUGGAGAGCCACAACCCUACCAACCUAAGUACCAUGCUGAGCCAAGCAAAACUGCUAAACCUCCUGGCCAAGGUGCAUGAGCGUAAUAGCAACUAUGAGCAAGCACUGGCAACCCUGAGCAAAGGCAAGGAGGUGCAGGUGAAGGUGCUGAGGCGGGCACAGGUGGAGCUGCCAGACACGGUGCCUGACCAGAGGCGCCUGGCGGGAAGCAUGUGUGCAAAGAUGGCAGAGCACGCAGCCAACCAGCGGGACUACGAACGAGCCAUCAAGCUGUACAAGGAGGCCCUGCAGCACGACCCCGAGCAUGCCCCGACCCUCCUCGCCCUCGCCAAGCUCUACAUGCAGACGAAUGACCUUGACCAAUGCCAGUACACUUGCAUGACCCUCCUGAGGACAGACAAGGAGAAUGACAGUGCCACCGUCAUGAUGGCCGACCUGUCCUAUCGCAGAAAUGAAUACGACACCGCCAUGUUCCAUUUCCAGCAACUCCUUGACCGGCGACCAGACUACUUCCCAGCGCUGGCCAGGCUGGUGGAGGUGAUGCGGCGGACCGGCACCCUGGACGAGGCGGGGCCGUACCUGGACCGCUCAGAGCAGGCCGUUCUCAGGGCCAACGUGGACCCGGGAUACAAUUUUUGUCGAGGCCUCUAUGAGUGGUAUCUUGGAAAUCCAAAUUCAGCCCUCAAGUACUUCAACAAGGCCAGGAAGGACCAGGAGUGGGGGCAGAAGGCUAUUUACAACAUGAUUGAGAUCUGCCUCAACCCUGACAAUGAAACAAUAGGAGGAGAGACAUUUGAGUCGGUGGACAGCGAGGUGAACCAGUCAGGGGCACGGGACACUCUGGACAUGGCCAUCAGGACAGCGGACAAACUACUCAAGGAGCUCAACCCAAAACCAGGGGAGCAAAUGAUCAGCCACCAGGUGCUGAGUAACUUCCUGCUGCUGGCCACCAAGCAGAAGUCGAGUGCUGAACAAGCCCUGCAAGAGUUUAUGAACGUCGCCAGCCAGGAGAGCUAUAAGGAGCAUGUUGGGGCUAUCCUGGGUAUGGCCACUGCUUAUAUGAUUCUCAAACAGACCCCCCGAGCUCGCAACCAGCUGAAGCGUCUUGCCAAGGCCAUGUGGAACUUUGAGGACGCUGAGUACCUGGAGAGGUGUUGGCUCCUACUGGCAGACAUCUAUGUGCAGACCGGCAAAUACGACAUGGCAACAGAGCUACUGAAGCGAGUCCUACAGCACAACCGGUCCUGCAUGAAGGCCUAUGAGUACAUGGGCUUCAUCAUGGAGAAGGAACAGAGCUACCGUGAUGCCGCCUAUAACUAUGAACAGGCCUGGAAGUUUAGCAGCAACACCAACCCCAUGAUAGGUUACAAGCUUGCCUUCAACUACAUGAAGGCCAGGAGGUUUGUGGAUGCCAUAGACGUCUGCCACAACGUCCUUGCCAAGCACCCAGAGUACCCCAGGAUUAGGAAGGACAUUCUCGACAAGUCUCGUGCCAGCAUACGAAUCUAAGCACCCAAGCACCCCCGGGAGUGCCUCAGGACCAGGGCCAGUUCUAAGCACAUGCAAUUAACCACUUGGGGCCUCAUUGCUGCUCCCAAAUGUUAUUGAAAAAGAUAAUAAGUAUAUGAUGUCAAACUCUCCUGUGGUGGAUUUUCAACAGCACCAUUUAGCAACACCAUCACUGUCUUAUGUACAGUGACAAACUAUAUAUGUAACUACAGGAGGGAGUACUUAAAUUGGGGACCCCCAACACAAUUAUGAUUAGCACCACCAGAAAAUUGGGACUAGCACACAAUGGUAUAGCACAGAAGCCCCUGAGUAUGCACCUCUUUACUCUCUCUCUCUCUCUCUCUCUAGUCACAUAUUCUAGUCAUUCCAUAUUAUAAUUCACACAUGAAGCCUCACACUUGUGCCUUUAGGACCAAGAUAAAACUAUUUGCAAUACCAUAAACUGAGGAGAACAUUUGCGUUUAUUAUCUUGUGCACACCAUCUUCAUCUUCACAUUUAAAUGAUGUAUCCAGACCAAUAAAUCUA